AUUAAGCGCUUACUAGAAUUUAAACAGCACUACCGCGGUUGCCAUGCAAAACUUUUGUUUCCAUAACGCGCCCCUCGUGCGUAUUUCCACAUAAGUAACUAGGUCGAGGGCUUUGUUUUAGUAAUAAGUCAAAGCACCAAAACGCAGUUCUAGUAACCGCAACGCCUUUAUGGGUAAAGUAGGAGUGCUUCAGAUUCCAGCAGAAACUUGCUUGCAGUAUGGCGUAGAGUGAUUCCUCUCUUAGGACUGUGACAUGAAAAUUCAGCAUAUCUGACUUGACGUUGUGACGUAAUGAUGAUCUGAUAAGGAAUAUUAGGCCGAUUGAAAAGCUUGUUCAGUUCAACACGUCUAGGCUAAUUCAAGCCAGAAAGAUCGUGAACUAGUAGAAUUCCAGAGAGGAGUUAAAAUACAGGACGCGGGUUAUACUUUUAACUUGGUAGCUGAGGUAACGUGCAGUAAUAGUUUUACAAUGGCGGCAACGGAUAACAACAUUCACGAGCAUAUCGCAAGACUCAGACUGAAAAUGGUGCAACAGAAACUGGCCAGGGCUAAGGGCAAGGCGGUGAGAUCUCCAUCGCCCCAAGAGGACGGUCCCACAGACAAGGACCAUCAUUUCAGACUACAGCAAGCUGUUCUACGGAGGCAGGAACUUCUGGACAGAAUCAGGCAAGAAAAUGACCGAUUACGUCGACCAAAGUCAGACGGUGGUAAGAAGAGAAAGCCACCUUCACCGCCACCAUCGCGACGGUCGUUACCGGAUUAUUCCACAAAACACAUCAUUGAACAUCAAGUUAAACCCAUAAGUCCUGUGGCCCCGAGACUACGACCCAUAGAGAACCCACCGCAGCCACCACCUCCUCCUCAGCCGUACGUCCCACCGCUGCCACCACAGUUUCCGUCCCAGGUGAUACAACAGGGUCCCUUCCCAGCCGACACCAGCACCAAGACUAAUAAAGGAGAUUUCAUGGAGAUGUUGAUGAUGCAGAACGCACAGCUACACCAGCUAAUGAUGCAGCAGAUGAUGAUGUCAAGUCUCUCUGGAAGUAACUCUUCAACGAAACAGUCAGUCCCACAGUUUACGGUCCCCCUGAACCUCUACCCGCCGGAGUAUCCCCAGCCACCGCCUCAGCCACAGAUUCUAACAGUAAAGAAUGACAGACCAGCGUCUGUCCACCAUCAUCACUACAGCCUGAGACAGGAGGCGCCACCUCCACCACAACCCCAACCCGUGAUCCACCACGUGACACAAUUACCCCCUAUACAGACGCGUGUCCUACCUCCCCCGCCUAGAACCCCGUCAUCAGUUACGCCGCCACCUAAACCGAAGAAAAUGAGGGAACCCAAGGCAACUCCAACCCCACCUUCCAAACCUAAGCUUGUUCGUAAGAUUCCUUUCCCUGGCUCCCGUCUCCUGCGUAAACUCCGCCACAUAUUUUAUGCUGCAUGGUUUAUAGCUUUCCUCAGAGCCGAGAUGCGAAAGAAUAAAGGAAACAAGCCCAAUGAAAAGUUCAUCUUUGGCAUUCAGCUGAAAGAGGCGGUGGCGGCUUUACAUAGAAUAUACCUCAACCCUGACGGUAACAUCUACCUGAUCCUUAGUGAUAUGGUUGGGGAGGGAGCACCUGAUCUAUAUGUAGAGGACAAAGGGCGGUUUGGAACCAGCCCUGAAGAUAAGCAAAAUAUCCAGGAGCUCACCUACAUUGUGGAGAAUUUGACUUAUCAUAUUACGGAGAUCAUGCCCGCCACUGGUGUGCUUGGGACGCACAAGAAAGCCGCCAUCUUUGAGCUGAUCAAAGAAGGCAAGGAGUUUCCAGCCGGAUAUUUCUGGCAGAUGGAAAGGGACCAAUUGGAGUUUGAUGAAAAUGAUAAAAUAACCAACGUCACAGACGCAAGGGCGUUCUUCCUGUUGAUUGGGAUAUUUUUGUCUCGAAGUUUAGUGACCACGCUACUGAUGAAGCCCCUGGACUACGGUUUGUCCACUACUGUCCUGUCAGAGGUCGGAGAGAGGAAUCUCAAGCUGCUGGCCACUAUUAUAGUCUAUUUGAUACGCGUGGUGGCGGUGCCGAGGAAACAGACACCAUUGCCAAUACCGUACGAAAUAUCAAAGUUUCUGUACACUGAUGAAGAGAUGAAAUUCAUACUGUCCAAACUGAAGAAAAGUUUAGAUUAUGCAGAGGGUUUGCUGAGAGACUGGGGUGAAGAAUAUGUUAAACGACUUCGAGCUGCUGGCCCUACCAAGAAGGAAGGAUAAACGUUGACCUGGAUUUUCAGUAGCAAUCGUUCCAAAAUGUUCGUUGGUGAUUUGGACGCUUGGAUUCACCGUUUGGAGGUCAUAAACAAAAGAGACGCGCAACACCCUUCAACUAAACAAUGUCCGAUUGCUUUCUUUCCGCCAAAAAUCAACUUCAUCACGAGCCUACACAUCGUCAUAGCAGAAAAUAUCUGUGCUAAUUAUCAUUUUUCGGGAAACAAUGUAACAAAAUUAUGAGGUGUUUCUUUAAAUUAUGAGGUGUUUCGUUAAGUGAGGGCAUUUGGACGAGUUAAGUUACAAUGAUUUCACAUACGUGCUCGCCAAAUAUGCACAUUUAAGAAACAAAAUGGAUAAGAUACUUAUAUGUGUUGCACAAUAAAACAAGUUUUGAAAUAGCCCUCUUAAAUUUUACAUCACGUUAUUUGACUACAAGGGAGGAUUGGUGUAACUUUCAACUGCUGGAUCAUUUGUCGUCGUGCCACUAGUGAGUACAAAAUGUCUUCUGUUGCAGGGUGCAUAUGUUAUAAAUCGUACGAUAGCGUUUUUUAUCUGCAAUAAAAAGGUGUAAAUU